AUGAGUCAGGGGUUCAGCAGGUACAUUCCGCCAGACUUCGACCCUCGCAAGUCCUCGACGCUCAACGCGCACCAAGGCAAGAAGCAUGCAUUGGGGAAGCGCGCCAAGGGCAUAGACAAGGGAGUCCUUGUCGUCCGCUUCGAACUGCCGUUCAACAUCUGGUGUGGGACAUGUAAUAACCAUAUCGGCGCCGGCGUGCGUUAUAACGCGCAGAAGAAGAAGGUCGGCAACUACUACUCGACGCCGAUCUACGCGUUCCGCUGCAAGUGCCACUUGUGCUCUGGGUGGUUCGAGAUCCGGACUGAUCCCAAGAAUGCGGCCUACGUUAUCGAGGAGGGUGCGCGGAAGCAGGAGAGCGACUGGGAUCCCGAGGAGCACGGAGGCCAUGCUGCAUGGGACACUGAGGGCGCUGCAGCUGCUGCAGGAGAGGACCCAGACACGUUCACGACGCUGGAGAAGGACACAGACCAGGUCGCGACAGCACGUAAGAACAAGUCACGUCUUGACGAACUCGCAGCCGCAAGCGACCGCUUGAACGCCGACCCGUGGGCGGUGUCUCGCUCACUGCGAACCCGGUUCCGCGAGGAGAAGAAGGAAGCACUGGCACGGCAAGCUGCGCACGACGGUGUGCUCGAACGGUAUGCGCUACAUGACGGGGUGCAUCUCGAUGACGAGGAGGGAGGCGCCGGCGCCGAAUGGGUCGCCGCACGUCUGGGACGCGGGCUUGAGGCCGAUGUCGUGGGAAAGAAGGGUGAUGUUGCUGCGCUGGGUGAGACGAUCCGCACCAACACCAAGCGCAAGUAUGACGCGUUUCACGACACGAGCCUGCCACAACGCGUCCGGCUACCCCGUAAGACGUCGCCACCACCAAAAGCAGAAGACGGCAAGGCCGUUAAACCGGCCGCACCACCCCCUGUGACCGCACUUGGGGGAUUGGCAGGGUACGGCAGCGGCAGCGAGAGCGACUAG